AGUACACAGACAGCUGUGGUAAUGGUGAUGUCACUGCUGAGGAGUUUGCUGUUGUUCUACUUCUCAUUCAAUGAAUUGACCACAGCAGCAGAAGCUAUUCUCUGGGUGAAGACUGAGGAGAAGUUUACCAUGAAGUGCUCCACCKCUCUAAAAGACCAGGAKGGAAUGUACCUGUAUGUUGGUCUGGACAGGGACAUGGAGGUGUUGUAUUACCACCAGAAUAGCUCCAAGCUGACCCCCAGGAAACGCUACUGGGACAGAGUGAAGACUGAGGGACCUGUGGACCAACUGACUAUCACCAUCAGUAACCUGACUAUAGAGGACACAGGAGUCUACUGGUGUGUUUACACCAAAUUCAAUGAAGCCYUGUAUGAAAAUGACAUCAACCAAGGAAGAGGCUCCACUCUGGUCGUGGUGAAUGACGAUGCCCCCCAGCAGCCAUGCCCCACAGCUACUGCAGUAACACUGACCCCCUUUCACCCAGACAACGAGAAGCCGUGCCCAUCUGGCGUGGUAAACAUCAUCAUCAUUAGCAUCUUGACCAUCCUGCUGUGUGUCAUCUUCCUCAUCUGGGUCGUUUCACGGGUGAAGAGGUGCUUUAACCAGGGAGGAUACACACCCCAGGUCUUUCCUGACUCGGUCUAUGAAGACAUGGCCAAGAAUCAAAUGUAUCCACCAGACACACAGCAGGUAGAAUCGUACCCGUAUUCUGUGUCUACCAAAGGAGGAAGUAGGACAACUGAGUAGCUUCUUCAAAUGCUUUCUCUGAAUAUUGCUUCUUUACUUUCUCAGAAUUGAAAAACCUGUCUGCUGUAUUUCACAGUUCUAGCCUCAAUGCUAGUCUUAUUGGUAAAUUGUUUGUGUGCGUGUGCGCGCGUGUGUGUGUUGCGCCAUACCAUYCUUAUGUGUGUGAAUAAAAUCUCUAUAUGGACA